AUGAAGUUUAUCAAUGCCAUUACUGCCUUCGGCCUUAUUACCAUGGCUGCGGCCGCCUCCCAGGCUGAGGCUCUCUGCGGUGACCUCGGCGUGAUGAACGUCGCUGAACUGGACGUGCCUGCGGGCGUCGACCCCACCGCGAUUCGCACAUGCAAGGAGCACCCUGAAGGUGCUAUUAAGCAAAGCCUCGAUAAGCGCACCUGCUGGCAUGGUUCUCCCGUGGGCUGCAGCAAGAACGGAUACUGCUACAAAUCCUGCGGCGCGUCCGGAUCUGGCGAGUGGUGCUGGACCGCCUUGAAUGGUGGACUUGGAGACUGGAAAGUGUGCAACGGCGAUGAAGACUGCUCUAGCAACGACGACUGUGGUGCUGGAAACUGUGACUCGUGUGGAUGCAGCUGCUAA